AUGGCGAAGCGCUCCUGGGCGGGGUUCCCGGACCCGAACGAGGCAGGUCGAGGAAGUCCGUGCCUGGACCAUGUCUUCAAAAAGGCGGUGCAGGUGCUGGCCUCGUUGAAGGAGCUGGGGGAGUUGGAGGCACUGGGCUUGGCUGUGGGCUCGCACCAGUGGGUCGGCCGGCAAGUCCCAUAUAAGGUGAAGAGGAGAUACAGAAACACGAUGGAGAAAUUCUCCGUCUGGAAGGAUAUACUGUGGUCAGGAGAUGACGGUGGUUUCCACUACAACACCACCCAGAGAAGCCCCAAGCUGAUAACAUACCUGAACCUGCAGGCACCCACACAGUCCACCCCACUCACGAUGGUGCUGCAUGGUCCUGCUGGCGUUGGGAAAACCACGCUGGCCAAGGAUCUGAUGCUGGACUGGACGCAGGAUGACCUGGCAGAGACCUCCAACUCCGCCUUCUACCUCAGCUGCAAGGGGCUCAACCACAGGGGGACGUGCACCUUUGCAGAGCUGAUAUCUGCCAACUGGCCACAUGUGCAGGACGACAUACCGGCGAUCCUGGCCCGGGCACAGAAAGUCCUGUUCAUCCUCGACGGUUUUGAUGAGCUGAAGGUCCCCUCGGGGGCACUCAUCCACGACCUAUGUGGCGACUGGAAGAAGCAGAAGCCGGUGCCCGUCCUCCUGGGAAGUUUACUAAAGAGAAAGAUGCUACCCAAGGCCACCUUACUCAUCACCACCCGACCAGGCGCCCUGCAGGAGCUGCGGCUCUUAACAGAACAGCCGCUCUUCAUAGAGAUCGAGGGGUUCUUGGAGGAGGACCGGAAGGCCUAUUUCCUGAAACACUUCGAGGAGGAGAGUCAGGCCCUGCGAGCUUUCGACUUGAUGAAGAGCAACGCGGCUCUGUUCCAGCUGGGCUCGGCGCCCUCCGUGUGCUGGCUGGCCUGCACCUGUCUGAGACAGCAGAUGGAGAGGGGCGAGGACCCCGCCGCCACCUGCCGGACCACCACGGCCCUGUUGCUGCGCUUCCUCUGCAGCCGCUUCCCCCCACCGCGCGGCGGCGGCCCCAGGCGGGGCCUCCAGGCUCCGCUCAAGCCCCUGUGCCUCCUGGCCGCUGAGGGCGUGUGGACGCGGAGCUCCGUGUUCGAUGGGGAAGACCUCAGGCGACUUGGGGUGGACCCGUCUGCCCUCUCUCCUUUCCUGGACGGGAAUAUUCUCCAGAAGAGCGAAGACGGCGAGGCCUGCUACUCUUUCAUCCAUCUCAGCGUCCAGCACUUUCUGGCCGCCAUGUUCUAUGUCUUGGAGCCGGAAGAGCAGGAGGAGGAAGGGCUGGGCGGCCGCCGGUGGCACGUCGGGGAUGUGGGGAAACUGCUGUCCAAGGCGGAAAGGCUGAAGAACCCCAGCCUGACCCACGUCGGGUACUUCCUGUUUGGCCUCUGCAACGAAAGAAGGGCCAUGGAGCUGGAGGCGACUUUCGGCUGUCUGGUAUCAACAGAGAUCAAGCGGGAGCUCCUGAAAUACACAUUGAUGCCCCAUGGGAAGAAAUCCUUCUCGGUGAUGGACACGAAGGAGGUUCUGAGCUGUCUGUACGAGUCUCAGGAGGAGCAGCUUGUGAAGGAUGCCAUGGCCCACGUCAAGGAGAUGUCCAUGCACUUGACGAAUACAUCUGAAAUGAUGCAGUCUUCCUUCUGUCUUAAACAUUGUGCCAACUUGCAGAAGAUCUCACUGCAGGUAGGAAAGAAGAUAUUCCUGGAGAAUGAUCCCGCAUUGAAAUCAGAUCCUCAGAGUGAGAUUUCAAAUGAGAACCUGAACUUUCUGGAUGUGAAGGAAAGCUUCCUGAGUCACUCCUCGGUGAGGAUUCUUUGUGAGCAGAUAACCCACGUCACCUGUCAUCUCCAGAAAGUCGUGAUUAAAAAUGUCUCUCCUGCCAGUGCUUACCGGGACUUCUGUCUGGCUUUCAUUGGUAAGAAGACUCUGACACACCUGGUUCUGGAAGGCAGUGUCCAUGGUGAUAAGAUGCUGCUGCUGCUGUUGUGUGAGAUCCUGAAGCAUCCGAGAUGUAAUCUUCAGUAUCUGCGAUUGGGGUCUUGUUCUGACACCACUUGGCAGUGGGCUGACUUCUCCUCGGCACUCAAAGUCAACCAGUCCCUGAAAUGCCUGGAUCUCACGGCCAGUGGGUUCCUGGAUGCGGGUGUCAAAUUGCUGUGUUUGACUCUGAGACACCCGAAGUGCGUCCUGCAGAAAUUGUCGUUGGAGAACUGUCAGCUUACAGAAGCCUGUUGUAAGGAGCUGUCUUCUGCUUUGAUUGUCAACCAGAGGUUGACCCACCUGUGCUUGGCCAAGAAUGACCUUGGGGAUGGCGGGGUGAAGACUUUGUGCGAGGGCUUGAGUUACCCCGAAUGUCAGCUACAGACGUUGGUGCUGAGUCAUUGCAACAUAAACAGACAUGGCUGCAAGUACAUCUCAAAGCUUCUCCAAGGAGACUCCAGCCUCACCAGCCUGGACCUGGGUUUCAACCCCAUAGCCACCGGGCUGUGUUUUCUCUAUGAAGCUUUGAAGAAACCAAAUUGUAACCUGAAAUGUCUAGGGCUCUGGGGCUGCCCCAUCACCCCGUUCAGUUGCCAGCAUCUCGCCUCCGCUCUAGUCAGCAGCCGGAGCCUGGAAACACUGGACUUGGGCCAGGACGCCUGGGGACAGAGUGGCAUCGUGGUGCUCCUUAAGGCUUUAAAACAGAAUCAUGGCUCCUUAAAGAUGCUCAGAUUGAAGAUGGACAAAUCUACUGUGGAAAUCCAGAGGCUGUUGAAAGAUGUGAAGGAGAACAAUCCCAGACUGACCAUCGAAUGCAAUGAUGCCAGAACAACCAGAUCCUCAUGUUGUGACUUCUUUUCCUGA